GAGGGGUCACAAUGGCAGGAUAAAUACAAGGGCCAGCGCGGCAGAGAGGUGUCGCAGACGAAGGCCGGAUCUUCUGCCUACCACUCUUCUCUCAGCUCUCCUCCCAAACUCAAAGAGUCAGGAUGCCUCACGCUUAUCCUUUCCUCACUCCUGAGCAGAAGAAGGAGCUCAGCGACAUUGCUCAGAAGAUUGUCGCUCCAGGCAAGGGAAUCCUUGCUGCAGAUGAGUCCACAGGGAGUGUGGCUAAGCGCUUCCAGAGCAUCAAUGCUGAGAACACUGAGGAGAACAGGAGGCUGUACCGCCAGCUCCUCUUCACUGCUGACGACCGCAUCGUCCCUUGCAUUGGUGGCGUCAUCCUGUUCCACGAGACCAUGUACCAGAAGACCGACGACGGAAAGACCUUCCCUCAGUACCUGAAGGAAAGAGGCAUGGUGGUCGGCAUCAAGGUAGACAAGGGUGUUGUCCCUCUGGCCGGGACCAACGGCGAGACGACCACCCAGGGUCUUGAUGGACUGUAUGAGCGCUGCGCACAGUACAAGAAGGAUGGUGCUGACUUCGCCAAGUGGCGCUGUGUUCUGAAGAUCACGCCCACCACCCCCUCAAAGCUGGCCAUCCUGGAGAACGCCAAUGUCCUGGCUCGCUACGCCAGCAUCUGCCAGAUGCAUGGCAUCGUCCCCAUCGUUGAGCCGGAGAUCCUCCCUGAUGGCGACCACGACCUGAAGCGCUGCCAGUACAUCACCGAGAAGGUCCUGGCCGCCGUCUACAAAGCCCUCUCCGACCACCACGUCUAUCUGGAGGGCACCCUGCUCAAGCCCAACAUGGUCACCUCCGGACACUCCUGCUCACAUAAGUACAGCAACCAGGAGAUCGCCAUGGCAACGGUCACUGCCCUGCGUCGCACUGUGCCCCCUGCAGUCCCAGGAAUCACCUUCCUGUCUGGCGGCCAGAGCGAGGAGGAGGCCUCUGUCAACCUGAAUGCCAUGAACCAGUGCCCUCUGCACCGACCUUGGGCUCUGACCUUCUCAUACGGCCGCGCCCUGCAGGCCUCCGCCCUGAAAGCCUGGGGGGGCAAGAAGGAGAACGGAAAGGCAUGCCAAGAUGAGUUCAUCAAGAGAGCUCUGGCCAACAGCCUGGCCUGCCAGGGCAAAUACGUCUCCUCUGGAGCCAGCGCUGCUGGUGGAGAGUCACUGUUUGUGGCUAAUCAUGCUUAUUAAGCAUAAAUACACUCCCCACCUUCUACUCACCAUUACUGCAUCACCAUUUCAUAAAAGGGCAUUUCCUACAUAAAGGAGCGCCUUCAACAUCCUUUGUUCACCAGUAAGAGCAACACCAACACUUUGGCCGAAAGAGAAAGAAGUGGAAAAUGUUUGUCUCCAUUCCCUUACCUUUUAUUUCUAAACACCUUUUUGUACAGGUGAAGAUUCCCUUUUUGUUUUUACACAUUUUGUUCCUUGAUCUGCUUCGGACAAGUACAGAGUUUAACAUUUA